UAAAUAAUGAAGCGGGACAUUCCAACAUUGCAAGUAGGAAAAAGCCACGAUUGGCGAUUCUCGCCCCAAAGUUAGAGAAAACUGUGUUACUACUCCAAGUAGAGUUCAAAGAAAACUAACUCGGUUACGACUAAAUACAAGCUACUAAGUAGUUGGCAAUGGCAGCGUCUAGUCAGCAGAAUUCUAGUUCGGAGUUUGCUCGUGUCCUUGGAAUCAUCACACUCAUAUUGAUGCUUAGUCGUUGCUGUGCUCACGUGGAUGCGGAGAGCAGGGGCAGCAGCCAUGCUGAUAUAGCUGUCGAGGCUCGAGAACGUAUCAACAAGAUGACGGAUGAGUAUGAAGUAGUGCAUAUCGACAUGACACAACACCUUAGUGAUGUUGAGCAUGUCAGCAAUCGUGGCAAGAGAGAUGCCACAGCACAAGGACAACAUGAUGAUCAGUCUAGCAGUGAGCAUGUACAUGUACACCAUCCGCCAACCAGUAGCUUCCAAAUAAGGGCAUUUGGAAAGACAGUGACAUUAGAUCUGAAGCAGAACACUGAGCUGAUUCCUGCUUCGUUUAAAGUCUUCACAUUCAAUUCAAUCGAUGAGAGUCCUGUGAUUACUCGUGGAGCAGUCAACUGUUAUUACCAUGGGACAGUGCGUGGCUUGCAGAACGUCAGUCAUGCUCAGUCCACCCUUCACAAACACAGGAAACGGCAGCAAAGUAGUACUGAUGCCAGUGAAGAGAGCAGCGCCGCUGUGAUAUCUACAUACGCCGCUGUGAGCACAUGCAAUGGUUUGAGUGGAUCAUUUGGUUUUGAACAGUAUGCUCGCAAUGGAGAUGAGGAUCCAGCCACAGCUAGCAGCAGCAACAGCAGUAGCAAUGAGCAAGGUAAAGCGUACUCUGAAAGAUAUAUGAUUGAACCACUGGUCAGCCAGACAUCUAAACCUGGUACGUAUCCACACGCCGUCUUCAAAGAAUCCACAUACAAGAUGAGCAAAGAAGAUCCGUUGAAAGGAGGGUGUGCGACACACUGGAAUAUAUCGGCUACAAAGAACACCAGCAGAGGAACUGCAGGUGAGAAGCAGCAGUGGGAUUUUCCUGAUGACAGGUUGGCUGGUUUAGCUUCAGCAGCACGCAAACGUGUGAAGAGGAGUAGCAGUACAGGAGGAGGACGAGAUCCAGCUAUGUAUGUAGAACUUGCUCUGGCUUCUGAUUACUCAUAUACUAAAGCAAAUGGUGGUCUUAGUCAAGAUGGCUCCAAAAACCUUGUUGCAUCAACGCUGAAGCUUGUAAACCAGGUCGAUAUUCGUUUUCAGGAGCUUAAUGUCCGUAUUGUCCUUGUAACUAUCUUCAUGUUUACUCAGGCACCUGGUCCUUUGAAUUUGGAUGGAGAUACAGGGGAUAGCAAUUUCGAUAAAGUGCGAAUAUUUUCAGAACAACACCUCGAGCCAUUUGCUCACUAUGAUAUGAUUCAUUAUUUCAGCGCUCAGCGGCUGACAUCUCCUGGAAUUGCCAGUCUUCCUCCUUCCGGUCAUGUUUGCUGGAAGUACCGUCAAGGAUUGGAAGGAUUAGGAACGCGUCCUAUCACUGCAGGCUUGCUUGCCCAUGAGAUUGGCCACAAUCUUGGAUUUGAUCAUGUUCGUCCACCGUGCGCUUGUAAAAAGCCUGGCUGUUCUAACACAAUGUCUCCAAUUUCCGGUUCAGCAUGGUCAAACUGCACAAUCGCUUGGUUCAACAAUGAACGGUCAGAUCCAAGCAGGAAGUGUUAUCUGAACAAGCCCGCACCAGCGCUCUCCAAAGUGGUGUGUGGAAAUGGCGUUGUGGAGCCAGGCGAAGACUGCGAUUGUGGCCUGCGCCAGUACUGCAAGGAUGCCUGCUGCAACGCAACAACAUGCCGUUACACACCCAGUUCCCAGUGUAGUCUAGGUGAAUGCUGUAGUAACUGUACUAUUCUGCCAGCUGGCACACUCUGCAGGCCGGCCAAAGACCAAUGCGACCUGCCAGACUACUGUGAUGGAAGACAAGAAAGGUGUCCAGCAGAUGAUUUCAAACAGUCCGGGCUAUACUGUGAGGAAGCAGGUCGCCAAACAACAGGUCAGCCUGGCACUUGCCAGCAGGGCUCGUGCAGGAACAUUGAUGCGCAAUGCCUGAAAAGCCCUUUGUUCCGCCGCGCCCCAGCUUUUUUCUCUGCAAGCUGCUUCGCCAGAUACAAUGUACGUGGCUUUGGCGGUCACAACUGUGGUGUCAAUAGCAGAAAGGAAUCUAUUCCUUGCAAGCCAGAGAAUGCUUUGUGUGGUACUCUCGUGUGCGGCAUUAUAAUACCUCCGAGUCACACAACGUGCGCGGUACAGAGAGUAGGUGGAGAUGAGCCUCUUACCUUGUACGUGGAUAAUGGCAGCCCGUGUGGCAAUGGUUCAGCCUGCUGGAACAAGGAAUGUGUGAACACCUCCAUACUGCAGUCUGGUGCCUGGAGGUGUCCUCAAGCUAAUGGACUCGGCUGCUCUGGUAAUGGCGUAUGCACACACAAGAACGUGUGUCGCUGUGAAAUUGGCUGGCAAGGCACUAACUGCAAUCGUCAAGCCGGUACACUAGACGCAGGCCUAUCAGGUGGCAGUAUUGCUGGACUUGUUAUCGGUCUGAUACUCGCAUCACUGUUGUGUGCCGCCUUUAUUGCACUUUAUCUCAAGCGGAAGCGAAAUGUGGCCAUCGCUCGAGCAAUACCACGACCUUCACACCACCGUCAUCUACGCGUUGCCUCCGAAGAGAGAACCAGAGACCAACCAGGCGCUACAGACGGUCAUGGUGAAGAGCGCAUGGGGAAAUCAGUGACCUCUGCAGAUCCGGGUAUACCUGACUCUGGGCCAAACAUCAUCGGCCAGGCACCUGGUCGACCAAGUCAACCACCAACCAGGCCUGCUCGGCCAUCUGCACCCGCUGCAUAUACAAAUGACUAUGCAAGUUAGCCCAUCUGCACCCGCUGCAUAUACAAAUGACUAUGCAAGUUAGCCCAUCUACACCCCCUGCAUAUACAAAUGACUAUGCAAGUUAGCCCAGUUACACCCGCUGCACAUUUUUAAAGUAGACACAUGUGAAGGUUUUGUAACAAACUCUCACCUUUUUCUUCUCUGACCUCCUUAAGGCCUUCAUGCAUUAUCCCCUGUACACUUUACACCUGGAAUAGUUUUUACUCGGUUUUAACAAUUCGUGACACAGAUAUUCUUUAGGUGUGUUGAAAUCACUUGUUUGUGGCAG